AUGUGUUCGAUCAAAUGGGAUCCAUACCGAAGCUUCAAUAAUCCCAACCGGGGAGAUAAAAGCAUGAAAUGUGUCGGAUUCAACAAAUUUGGAAAUCGAUGUGAAUGCGAUAUCCCACCGAAGACAGUCCGUCGGAUCCGCAAUUACCUAUCUACGUUCGAGUCUCAAGCACCCGAAAAGGACAUAUCUGCACUCCAAACCCUCGCCGAGUUGAGUCUUUGUGAAAAGCACCAUCAAGAUCAAGUGCGUGACGAGGUCUUUGAAUGGAAAGUCGCGAUUCAGCAUGCAGCACGUUUCUACGAAACCGAAAUGGAAUUGAGGGAGAAGGAUCGGAAACUGAAGAAAGUGGAGAAACUGCUGGAUGAAGAAAUAUCGAAGAGGCGGAAGUUGGAGAAAGAGGUGGCAGAGAUGGCAAAGGAAAGAAAGAAAAGGUUAAGCUUGAUAGAAUCACUGAGGUCGGAGAUUUCUUUCUUGAAAGAGAGGCUAAAACACGGGGAACGUCAAAGGAAAAGGUGGGGAUUGCUGUAGUCAUACGUUGA